AUGGCUGGAGAAACUGGUAUGUUCACGGUCCAACGAACAAUUGGCAGUGUUAAGUGUUGCAAAUGUGGGAUUCUAAUGCAACCAAACGCAGCCAAUAUGUGUGUUAAGUGUUUGCGCUCUGAAGUUGAUAUCACCGAAGGGUUGCUCAAGCGUCUCGUGCUUGUUCAUUGCCCUGACUGCGAAAGUUACUUGCAGCCACCAAGAACUUGGGUCAAACUCCAAUUAGAAUCCAAGGAGCUCUUGACAUUUUGCUUGAAAAGGUUGCAGAAGAAUAUGAAUAUCAACAAAGCAAAGUUGGUGAAUGCUGAGUUUAUAUGGACUGAGCCGCAUUCCAAGAGGGUGAAAGUUAAGGUCAGUGUUCAGAAGGAAGUUUAUCAUGGCGCGAUUCUUGAACAGUCUUAUCUUGUGGAGUAUGUUCAACAGGAUCACAUGUGUGAAUCUUGUUCUAAGGUUGCGGCGAAUCCUGAUCAGUGGGUUGCUGCUGUGCAGCUCAGGCAGCAUGUUUCUCAUAGGCGGACUUUCUUUUAUUUGGAGCAGCUGAUUCUGAAGCACGGUGCUGCUGCUCGUGCUGUCCGAAUCAAACAGAUGGAUCAUGGUAUUGAUUUCUAUUUCACCAGUCGAAGUCAUGGUAACAAGUUUGUUGAAUUUAUAGGGAAAGUAUCUCCUAUAAGGAGUCGUAGCGAUAAACAACUUGUUUCUCAUGAUGUAAAGAGUAGUAUUUAUAAUUAUAAGUACACAUUCUCUGUUGAAAUCAGUCCCAUUUGUCGUGAGGAUUUGAUUUGUUUGCCUCCUAAAGCAGCUGGAACCUUGGGAAACAUCGGUCCUAUUGUGAUUUGCACCAAGGUUACUAACAGCAUUGCUCUGCUUGAUCCGCAUACCCUGAAAUUUGGUUUCUUAGACGCUGAUCAGUAUUGGAGGACAUCCUUUAAGUCCUUACUUACUAGCAGACAGUUAGUCGAGUAUAUCGUGUUGGAUAUUGAGCCUGUUUCACCUGAGGUUAUCAUUGGUGGCACGAAAUAUGUUUUAGCUGACGCUCAAGUGGCUCGAAUGUCUGAUUUCGGAAAGAAUGACAUAAUAUUCAAUAUCAAAACUCACUUGGGCCAUCUUUUGAAGCCGGAUGACUUAGCACUUGGUUAUGACUUGUAUAGUGCAAACACUAAUGACAUGGAAUUGGACAAUUACAGAGGUGAUGUUCCUGAAGUGGUUUUGAUAAAGAAGAGUUAUGAAGAGAAACGACAGAAGCGACGCUCGAAGCCUCGUGCAUGGAAGCUUAAGUCACUUGUUAUGGAAGUUGAUGAGAAGGUUAAUGAAGAUAAGAUGGCUUCAGAAUAUGAACAAUUCUUGAAAGAUAUUGAAGAAAACCCUGAGUUGCGGUUCAACAUAUCUUUAUACCAAAAUAAAGACUAUCAGCCAUCAGAGGUGACAUCUGUAGCUGAUGGUGAAGAGCUGCCUUCGGUUCCAUUCAAUGAGUUGCUGGCUGAGCUUGACGAUCUUGAACUGAGAGAUGAUGAUGAUGAUGAGGAAGAAGAUAAGAUGGCAGAAUAA